UUCGGCGCACCGCUCUUCAGGCGUUCUUCGCUCUGCCUGGAGCAGCGAAGGCAGGCGUGCAGGGGUUGUCUGCUUCCUCCUUCGUCGUGAGCAGUAUGGACGUGCUAGCGGAGGAGUUUGGAAACCUGACCCCGGCUCAGCUGGCUGCACCGAUACCAACUGUAGAGGAAAAAUGGAGGCUGCUUCCAGCAUUUUUAAAGGUGAAAGGCCUUGUAAAACAGCAUAUAGAUUCAUUUAACUAUUUCAUCAAUGUAGAGAUAAAGAAGAUAAUGAAAGCCAAUGAAAAGGUUACGAGUGAUGCUGACCCCAUGUGGUACUUAAAAUAUCUUAAUAUCUAUGUCGGGCUACCUGAUGUUGAAGAAAGCUUCAAUGUAACUAGACCAGUGUCCCCUCAUGAGUGCCGUUUGCGGGACAUGACAUAUUCUGCCCCCAUUACGGUAGAUAUUGAAUAUACCCGAGGAAGCCAGAGGAUCAUCCGCAACGCCUUACCCAUUGGCAGAAUGCCCAUAAUGCUACGUAGUUCAAACUGUGUUCUUACAGGAAAAACACCAGCAGAAUUUGCCAAACUGAAUGAAUGUCCUUUGGAUCCAGGUGGCUACUUCAUUGUUAAAGGAGUGGAAAAAGUUAUUCUUAUUCAGGAGCAGCUGUCUAAGAACAGGAUCAUUGUGGAGGCUGAUAGAAAAGGGACGGUUGGAGCUUCAGUUACCAGCUCUACCCAUGAGAAAAAAAGCAGAACCAAUAUGGCAGUGAAACAAGGACGAUUUUAUUUGAGGCAUAAUACUUUGUCAGAAGAUAUACCAAUUGUCAUCAUAUUUAAGGCCAUGGGUGUUGAGAGUGACCAGGAAAUUGUGCAGAUGAUUGGAACAGAGGAGCAUGUGAUGGCUGCAUUUGGGCCCAGUUUGGAAGAGUGCCAGAAAGCUCAGAUUUUCACACAGAUGCAGGCAUUAAAAUAUAUAGGGAACAAAGUAAGAAGGCAAAGGAUGUGGGGAGGUGGACCAAAGAAAACCAAAAUAGAAGAAGCAAGAGAGCUCCUGGCUUCUACCAUUCUGACCCAUGUACCAGUUAAGGAAUUCAAUUUCCGAGCCAAAUGUAUCUAUACUGCAGUGAUGGUUCGAAGAGUAAUUCUGGCCCAAGGAGAUAAUAAAGUUGACGACAGAGAUUAUUAUGGUAACAAGCGAUUGGAAUUGGCGGGACAGGUGAUUUAAUUCUUUUAUGUCAGAAAUCUUAUGUUUUAAUAAAAAUUAAUUUGGUAUUCAUUUUAGGUAGGA